CAUGAUUCUAAUUUAUAAGUUUUAUCGUUUAUACAAUAAUUUCAAUGUCAAUGUGUUUUGCAGCGUUUAUUUUCUCCGUUGAUUAAUUUACAAUACGCAUUAUAAUAUUGCAUUUGAAAAACAAUAGUUUAAAUUAUAAAGUAAGUAUUACGAAAAAUUAGCACUAUGUAUUAUUUGACAAUCAUAUUUAUUAUUUUUAACAUUCUCAAUAAAGUGUUUGAUGUAUUCAAACUUGAUUAUUUUCUUAUUUGGUUUCUAUAGAACUACAAAAAAUUAUUAAAAUUAAAAUUGAUCAUUAUUACUCUAUAAAAUAAUAAUUAUUAUCAAUUCUACCGAUGAGAUAAUAUGUUAUUCUUUCAAUAAACAUUUUAAUACUCAGCUACCUAGAUACCUGUGUAUCUAUAAUUAUUAAUCUUUGCGUUUUUCUUUCAUGUGUUUAAUUAUGAACUUAUACAAAAUAAUUUAACUAUUGGUAAUUUGUUUAUUGUUCAUGAUUUGUAUAUUAUUGGUAAAUCUAAAUGAUAUUAAAGAAGUGACUGGUCAUAAGAAACAGUUUGUUAUAAACUAUGAACAUAGUUUUAGAUUAAAAUGUUUAGUUUAACACAUUUGAAUGGGUUUUGUAAUUCUGAACAAAUGAUUGCAAUUGUGUAACAAUUGUUCAUUGUGAAAGUAAUUAACUAGUAGUAAUUAAAUUAAUCAUGGUACCUAUAUUUAAUAAUAUAAUAACUGUUGAUAUCAAUCUAGUCUAGGAAUAAAAGACAUAAAAGCCAGUUGAGUUAUGCAGUGCAGUUUAAUGUGAUAAAAAUGACUGAUAUUAAAGAAUAAUUAAUUAAUAAAUAGUAAGUGAUAAAUCUGAUAAAUACAUUUAAAUAUAGUAAACCACAAAUUAUGAAUAAUAAAUAAUGAUUAAUUUGCUAUAAUUACAAUGUAACAUACAAUAUUUUAAUUAAAUAUUUAACCUUAUUUAUGAUAUUCACAGAUAAAAGAUUGACAUUGAAUAAUCUUAUUAGAACAAUCAACUAUGUUUAACAAAGUGAUGAAAUUUAAUGUCCACAAAAUCAGCCUAAUUCAAAAUAUUUAUCAGACAUGUUACUAUUGUACAAAAUCUGAAACAAAUACUGAUGUAUUAUUAUUUUUCAAACAAAAUUUAGGUAUGUAAAUUUAGAAAAUAUUUUAUAAUAGGUACUAAUUAAGUAAUAUUAUAAUGGUGGUGUGAAAGAGCUUCUAUAAGUAACAGUUGAUUUUUUGUAAACAAAUUUACUAGUACCCAAUAUUUUGUCCAAAUGCAAUACGCUCUAGAAUAUUUUGACUAAUUAAAAAUUAAAAUUUCUUGAGUGUUAAGAGGACAUAAUACCAGCAAGUACUAUCUCUUAACAAUUUUAAAUAUAAAAAAUAACAAAAGUUUCAGAAAUAUUGUUCUUAUCUUUGAUAAUAGACUCAUACACUCUAAUAUUAAAAGUAAUUAAUGCAAUUUAAUAGUUUAUACCAAUUACUGUUCUUUUACAACUACCAUCAAGACAGAUUUAAAAUAUAAAAAAAAAAAAAUUAAAAUUAAAAAUAAUAAUAAAUAAUAUACAUUUUUUUGUGUAGCCGUAGUGGACAAAAUUUAUAUGUCUAUCUCAAACCAGUAUUUUAUGAAAUUGAUUUCUCGAUAUGUCAGUUUGUCAUGUAGAUCCUUUCUAUCUUAUUCUAUGGCUUAUUCAGCCCUUUAAAAAUUAAUUUGUUGAUGAUUUAUUAAAAUCACCCUUAAAUAUUUGUUUAAAGGUUGAACCUAUUUUACACUUGCAGUUGUGCUGCACAUCUAAUACACAAUACACAUACAUUCCUAUACUGCACACACUAACACACAAAUAUAUAUUUAUAAAUUUCAUCAAUUUUUCUGGAAAUUAUAAUUAAAUUACAUUUUUUAUAAACAGUUAAUUUAUUAAAUUGCUUAAUUAGUAUAAAUAUUAGCUAUACCACCAUUGUGUGUGUUAUGUCAUCUAGUAUUUUAAAGUUUUUACUGACCUCCAUAUUAUUUGUUGAAUGUUAAUUUUUGUUUGGGUUAUUGUUGUUCCAAAUUUACUUUUUAUAAUAUUCAUUUUUGAAGAGCAGUGGUCAUAAUUACAAUUUGUAACAACUAUUGUUACAAAUAAUUGUAGAAUAGAAAACAGCCUAGUCCUAUAAAAAUGGAAUCGGACCAGACCAAAUAUUUAAGACUAAUUGUUUAACCUGGUUAGACCAAUUCCUAAUAUAUAUUUUUUAACUCUGACCAAUUUAAACCAAGUUUACACAUUUUUUAAAAGUCUGGAACAGCCUAAUUUGGAUUAUAUAUUUAAAAAAAACCAACCAGGAUUUUUUUAUUUAUUAGUAAAACUCUGACCAGGACUGGUUAGACAUUCAUAUUUCAGUAUUUCACAGUGUUAUCUGAUAAUAAACAAUGUUUGUUUUUAUAAUUUCCUGUUUUGAUGGCAAAUAAUAUUUUAUAAGGGAUAAGACAUGACUAGUGUUUCAAGAAAUACGAACACAUGCUAAUUAUAAAUAAUUAUAAAUAAAUUGACAAAUAAUACAGUUUUUCUAAGUAUAAAACCCAGACCAAAUACAAGAAGGUCAAAAAACUCCAGUGCUAUUUAAAACAUGAUUUGAACUAAACCUAACCUAUUAUGACUGUCUCAAACCCGAACAUCUAAACCAAGAAUAUGAAAAGCAUGUUGACUGCACUAGACUGGACCUAACCUGGAUCCUGGUCCGGGUUGAUCCUGGACUGGGCUGAUCUCUACUGUAGAACUUUAAAAAAGUUAGACAAAUUUUAAUUUUGUUAAAAACUUGUAGCCAAUCUAACCAUUUAGGAAUUGUUUGGACUGAAGUAUCAUUUUGAAUGUUUGAUAUAUUUUGUAAUAAUAUUAUUUCUCUGCACAAAUCAUCUUCAUAUAUAUAAAAUUGUUCUUCUAAACAUUUAUAAUUAGAGUUCAGCAGUUGGGAGUUAGGAGUUGCAUAUUUUUCUGUAUGCACUGAAUUUACAGUAGACUACGAUAGAAAUACUUUUUAUUUGAUGGAGAGUUUUAAAAUGUACUAUUUAAAAUGCAUAUUUUUUAUAUUUUGUAAUUUUAGAGAAAAAGUGUAUAUUUUAUCAGUUUUCAUUGAUUUUUUCUUAACCAAUUUAUUUUAAAUAUUGUUAAAUUUAAAACUUAAUAUUAUUAUUUAACUUAUUUAUUGUUAUUUUUUACUGCCUCAGUCUAAUCUAAUCUUUUUAUCUUUUUUGUGUAUAUUAAUAAUGAUACUAUAUGUUUUUGAAUUAUAAGUUGAAUAAUUGAUUGAAUUAUAUUAUAUAUUUAUUAUUUUUUCAUGCAUAUUUUAGAAUUGUUUUGUGUAUAUUUGCAUACAUGUUUUGCCUUUUUUAACUCCUAUAACUUCCGAGCCCUAUUUAUUAUAAUACUUUUUCACCAGUCUUCAAUUUCACCAUAUAUCUAAUUGAAUUUAUGAUUUGUAAUGUCAUAGGCUGUUCGGACACAGCUUUUUGACAGGAAGAUGAACAAUUUUGUAUUAUAAGUUUACACAUUGUUUUUAUUAAUAUUUUAAAUAACUCGGAAGACAAUUUAUAAUUAUGAGUGAAUGCUAGUAUUGAUACCAGAACUGGGCCAAGACUUAAUUGUAUUUAUCAGUUAUUAGUACACAAUAGAAAUGACUGAACGGGUUUUCCUCCUUCUCAUGGUGGUGUAGGUAUACCCUCUGGUGUCCUGAGCUGACUGAAACUAUUUUAUGGUUAUCCUUGUCUUAUUUAUUAUCAUUGUUGCAUUGGUUAGGGCCUAGCUAGCUUUUCCCUUUGGCCCAUAAACAAGUAUGGUUUACUACCUGCAUUAAUGGAUCUUACUUUAUCUCACUAUUAAUGGAACUUAACCAAUUUUACAUUAAGUCCCAUAGAAUUAUUAAUUUAUAUUUAUCAAAUUUAAACAAGUGAAGGACAGAGUCAGUAACAGUAAUGAUUUCUAGUCAAACCUAGAAUCAAUGCCAUUUAUCAGUUUAUCUAAUGAUAUGUUAAAUACUGUCACGAAAUAUUAUCUUGUAGGAUUUCCUCCAAUAAAGUUAUAAAUGAAUUUUAUGAUACCAAAAAAAUUAAAUUUACUUUUAUUAUUUUUCAAACUAGAUGAUGAAUUUCCCUUUUCCCUUAUGGAAUCUACUAAGACUGAAUGAAGAUAGUGAGCAUUGCACUUGAAAUAUAGAAUAUUUUUAUUUCCACUUUACACUUAGCUUCUACUCCUUCAAUUCUACCAUUGAAACAAAUUGAGAUAACAGAUGUCAAAUUUUUUGAUAGUUGAAGUAAUACACUUGUUAAUGCAUUUAAUAUAGAUUGAGCAUCUCUAUUAGUCUAACUGUAACAAAAGUUUAAGAACUGUUUAAGUGUCCUACAUCAGAUGUUUCGUUUGCUAUAAUUGAUAUUUUACAAUCAUAUUAGAUUUUAUUUUUCUAAAGAACAUUAUGUAACAAAUAAAUAAGAUCAUUUUGAAUAUGAUUAUUGUGCAUUUUUAGAUCCUAUUUCUAAAUAAUUUUUUAAUAUAGUAUCGUACUUGGCUAAACAAUUUACUAAUUCUUUAAAAUUCCUUUGUUAACAACUUUUAUGUCUUACAUUAUGCCAUAACACCCUUAUUCAAGUAUGUAGAUUUCUAUAUGUUAUUAAUUUGUCUAUGUUUUAAGCCGUCAUUUUUUCAUUUCUUAUUUAAAACAAUUCUAUCUGUAUCAAAACUUUGAUCAAUUGGUUUUGAGUUUAAAAAUGCAGUUAACGUUUAUAGUAUAAUUAAGAUGAGAUUUGGAGAGUUUAUGAUUUAGACAACUUUUAUUUGCUUUAUACCAGCUUUUAACUCAUUGAAAAACUAAAUUCACUGAAAAAUUAAAAAUAAAGUUAUUUUUUCUUUCAUACAUAAGUAAUUUAAAAUAUAAUGUUAAUAACAUAGAUCUGUAUAUUUUAACAUGUAAUAACACCUACUAUUAUCUAUAAACUUAUAUAAUUUAUUAUAGUAAAGUUAUCAAAAUUAAUAAUUUAUUUAUUCAAAAUCUAAACAGUAAACUAUAAUAAACAUAAAUAAAUAAUGCAAGUUAUUAUAUAAAAUUACAGCACUAAAUUUGAACUCAAAUAUUUGAUUAUAUACAAACGCUUAUUAAUAUUUAACACAAACUGAUUUACUAGAGUUAAAACUUUAAAAAACUAUUUUUAAAUAUUAUAAAAGUACCCAAUAGUUCAUAAACUGUGGUUUCAAUUGUUUCUAAUGAAUGAACCAGUUAUAAUUGUUAUAUUGUUAUAUACAUACAUAUAUAUAUAAUAAUAUGUUUUAAUAUAAUACAGUUUGAAAAAAAUUAGUUUCAGCAGCCAAAUGCUUUUAAAACUAAAAAAAAAAAAAAAAAAAAAAAAAUUAUAAUACAGUAGCUAGUUUUAGAAAAAUAUUAUUGAUUAGAUUUAUUAUAAACAAAUUUUUUUUUCUAGGUUUAUCUGAAAAUGAAAUAAAAAAAAUGUGUAGUAAGUUUCCUUCAUUUUACAACGAUUCUCAUGCUGAAUUAUCUGAAAGUUUUGGACAGUUAAUGGUAAUUUUAUAAAGAUAAUCUUUAUUUAUGAAAAAAUGCAUAUUUACUUUACUGCACAAAGUUGGGAGUUGAAUAAUCAAUACAAAUUUGAUCACAUACUGUUUUAUUUGUUGUGUCUAUAUUAUAGAAUUUUGGAUUUUCGAGAGAAGAAAUUAUUAGACAAAUUCAAAUAUUGACAGUACAUCCAAUAACCGUUAAAAAUUAUUUUAUGCUUUUAGAAGAAGGAGGAUUUAAUAAAUGUAGAGUCGAUAUAAAAACAUUGUUAAGGUAAUAAAUGCUUAUUUUUAUUUUUAAUAUUUAUUUUAUAUUUUAGGAAGUACAUUUUUUAGUUUUCCAGAAAAUUGAGACUAUUGCUACUAGGGCCAGGAUUUAUAUGUUCUAAAAACCAUAGAAAUAUGCAUUUUUGCUGCUAUUUUGUAGAAAUAUACCUUUUAAAAUAAAAAAAAAAUGUAUUAUUUCUAUCUUUAAUUUCUAUUUCUAUCUAAAAUAUUUGAAUUAUUUCUAUCAUUACUUUUAAACUAAUAUAAAAAUAACCAAAAUAUUACACAUUAUGCAUUUAAAAACUAUUUAUAUGGAAUUAAAAAUUGUAAAAUACAGACAUAUGUAAUACAUGUCAAAAAAUAUACAAAAUAAAACUUUGUAUUCUAGUUCUAUUGACUAAUUUAAACUUGGAACUUAUUGACUACUUUUUGAACUGCAAAAAAAUCAAAUGCAUAUAAAUCUGAGCCCUAAUUGUAAUUUGUGUCCAUAAUUUUGUUAUGUAUCUUUUUUGAUACUUUUGUACAUUUUUAGAUUCUUUUUUUUCUGAAUGAGCUUACACCUGAUAAUUUUAGAUUCAGAUUUUAGGUAUUAGUUUUACCAUGAUAUAUUUUUUUUUUUCUGUCUGUGGCAAACUUUUCUACCAGAAAAAAUGUGCCAAAAUAUAAAUUAUAGCACUUUUCUGAAAAAUAAUUUUUUCUUGUUUCUUGCAUUGUGUAGGUCAUUUUGUGAUUUUUCAAGGGCUUUUCGAAAUAAUUGUGAAAUACUGAAAGAAAAUUAUAGGUAAAUAGCAAAUAUUUUCGGCGCAUUUUCAUUGUAUUAUACUUAAUUUUUCUACCAAGAAUAUUGCUCCAAUCCAAAAAUAUAAAGUGAUCAAGUUUGUUCCUAUCAAUAUUUCUCUACUGACAGAGUAAAUUGAUUUCGUAUUUCAAAUUAGGAAAAACCAGAAAAGACAAAAUAUAGAAUUUAUUUUAAAUUUUCAUGUCUAUGUCUUCUGCCAUAAAUAUUGCUUCAAUAAAAAAACACAAAGAGAUCUAUUUUGUUGAGUUUGUAAUCUAGCUGAUGAAUAAGAAAGUAGUUUUUUGAUUUUCAUUGUUAUUUUAAUAAUUGAGCAAAACUGAACAAAAUACAAAAAUACAGGAAAAUCUACGAAAAUAAUAGUUUUAUUAUUUUAAAUUUAGAAUUUAGAAUUUAUUCAUAGAAACUUCAAAUUUUAACAGAAAACUUUUAUUUACUUUUUCUGGUUAAACUUUUAGAACAUUUGACCAAUUUUCGAACUACUUAUAGACAUAUUAAUUUUGAUAAUUUUUACAUUAUUUUUUUUGGUUGGUACUCUGUAGAUAAGUUGUUAGACUUAACAGAAAUGUUUGAAACAGUGACAGAAGGCGCAAUGGUAGUAUUUUUGAUUUUUUAUGAAUUUUAAAAAUAAAUUUUAAUGAAAUACUGCGGCCUUAAAAUUGUUUUUAAUUUUUUUCUAAAAGACUGAAAUACUGGCUUCACAUAUAGGAAUCCAGGAGUCAGUCCUUUAAAUUGAUAAUUUUAUAUAACAUCAUAAUUUUAACAAAUCUUACUUAAUUUUUUUAACUUUUUAUAAAUCUAAUUUAUUAUUUUAAUACUCAUUUUUUUUUUUCUAAAGCCUUUGAAAUCAUCUUGUUAUAUCACAAAUCUUCUUCCAUUUUUCCUUAUUCUGCGCUGCCUCCUUUCAAUCCAGAUUUCCAUAAUUUUCUCCUCUGUCAUUCAGGAAAUCUUUUCUGAUUCCAUCUUCCCAAUAUAGCCUUGGCUCACCCAACUGCAUUUUGCUCCUUGAGUUUUCUUUGAGCACUCUUUCUACCAUUGUAUUUUAUUUUCUACACUUGUGGCCUGCCCAUUUCAACUUACCACUGUUAAUCUUCAUUACAAUAUUUCGGUCCAUAUAUUUUGCGUAGCAUUCCUCUCAAACACUUCUGUGUUUUAACAUUGUGAACCAUUUAUGACUAUUGAUUGUAUGAUUGUCAAAUACUGUUAUAUAUUAUAGUAUACACAUGAUUGACUUUGUUAAGAGUUAUCCAAUUGUUACUUUAUAAUUUGAAUAUUUCAAAGUUCUCUUUUAUACUUUAACCAAAAAUUAAAAUAUUAGUUUAUUUAUUUUGUUUUAGAGAGGAAAUUUUAUUAUAGGGGAAAAAAUCAAUGUAGAUGAUGUCAAAAUAAUAAUUGUGAUAUGUAUGUUUGUUCAAAUUUUUGUUGUUUAAGGUUUAAGUAUAUAUCAAAAAAUUCUAUUCAAGUAUUGAAAAAUGAAAAAUAUAUUCAUGCAGAUAUUAACGUAAGCCAUCAUAUUUUGUCAUUUACUAAAUUUCCACAAAAAUUAUAUCCAGAAUCCUAUGAUGAUUCAAUUUCAUGGGCACAAGUUCAGAGAAAUAUGUUUCAUUUGUAUGUUAAUUGGAAACUUCAAAUGGACAGUGGCCAUGUAGUCAGUGCACAAAAAAUUUAUAAUAGAUUGUAUAAUAAAAGUUUCCGACUCACAGAAAAAAGUAUUGAUAUUAUGCUCUAUGAAUUAAACUUUAGCAAAGAUAAAGUAAAUAUAGGUUUAAUUUAUUUCAUUUUUUAAAUUUAUUUAAAUUUAAUUAUUCAUUAUAUUUUAUAUUGUACAUAUUUUUACUCAAAUAUAGCUCAAAAGAAAUCCUUAUCUAAUAUAUAGUGAUCCUGAUAAUACUCAAGCAAUCAUAAAUAACUUCAAAUAUCUUUGUGGUAUGGAUGUAAAAUUACUUUUAAAUAAACACCCAAAAAUAAUACUUGGUUCCUGGAAAACAAUAGAGCAGAUCAAAAAUCAUAUUGAGGUAGUUUUUUAUUAUUAUAAACUAGUAUCUAUUUAUUUAGUCACAUACUUAUAUUUAAUUGUUAUUUAGGUAAUGUAUAUGUGGUGUCCAACAAAUUGUAUUAUAAAAUAUAAGGUGUUUUUAGAGGACACUCAUUUUAUUCAUUUUGUGAAAUGAAAACCAUUAAUUUACAGUUUGUGUAAUUAAACUAUAUGAGUAACUUUUGUGAAAUGGUUAUCUGCAAAAAAUAUUGUUAAUAUUAUUAAAUAUCAUGAAUUAAUACAUAAUAGUAUAUAAAUAUUAAGUAUUCAUAAUUAGUUUCUGAUUCCUUAUCAUUACAGCCAAAUAUCUUUGUUAUGCACUAUAUGCUAGUGCUGACAAGAAAUAAGGCCCAUCAAAUGUUGAAUGUUAGAUUAUUGGGGUCUUUCUUACGACCAUCUUAUGCCUUAUUUACAUUUUGAUGAUAAAUCUGAUAUAGAUCAUUUAGUAAAUGAGGUUCAAUUUCCUUUUCAUUAUAAAUGUAAUGAUGUUUUUUCCUUCUCUAAUUUUUUGCAGAAUGGUGACUGUUCUUUCUUCUCGUCUUUGUCAUUGUUAUCCACAACUACAUCUCCAACACUUCUUUUCAUACUUUUUAUGAUGGUCCACAUUUGGCAUCCAGAAAUAUAUUCUAGUUCUACAUUUUUAUGAAGAUCUUUCUAGUUUCUAGAAGAUAGUAGAUUAGAAAUCUAUUAUCUUCUUUGGUAGGAAAAUUCCUUUAGUUGUUAUGAAUUGUUUCAUCAUUAAUUUUAAUAUUGGUUGUAAUAUAGUAUUUUUUUUUGUGUAUUUUAGAUUCUGAAUGGAGUGAAAAAGCUUAUAGUUUUACAAAGAUGUUUUUUUUUCUGUGGACAACUUUUCUACCAAAGAUCUUUUUCUGAUUUUGAAAUGUAGCAAUUUAUUCUUCUAAAUAGAAAUCGAUUGGGGAGGUACUUUAGAAAGGUCAUUUUAUGACUUUCCUAAGAGUUUUUAUAAUAAAUGGGAAAACAUGAGAAAAUAGGUACAAUAUUAAACAAAUAUUAUUAAUAAAAAUAUAUAAUGCCUAUUUAAUUAUUUUACUAUAAUAAGGCAUAUAUUACUGUCAGCAUAUUGCAAAGCAUCACUAUCAACUAAACUCCCUUCAGAAUCGUUUUUCGUAAGAAAUGGUUUAUUGUUACUUACAAGUAUACAUUAAAUUAUCUAUAACAGUGGCUGCACUUUAGAUUUGAUUAUGUUAGUGUUCUGUUCAAAUAGUCUAGUAUGGACAGGUUGAAUAAAUUGGGUAAGAACAGACAACUUCGUCUCACCCUUUAUUUAAUUUAUGCCUCUUUUGUGUAGUUUUUUGUAAAAUUCAAAGAUAAAGGCUAAUCAUAUAUUAGAUAUAAACUCUGUAUGUCUGAAUAACUGCAUUCUAUAUCAAUACUAUGACAAUAAUAUUGCACAAUAAAAUGUUGGUUUAAUUUUAAUCUUAUUGGAUAGGUAUAACCUAUUAUUAAAUUGUAUCAUUGUAUAAUCUUAUUUGAUAGAUAUUAUUUAGACAUUAUCAGAAUGAGAACUUCAAUUUUAAGAAAAUAAUAAAAAUAUACCUUGUCAACUAUCUUCAGUGAAUAUAUACACAUUAAUGCAUUCCAUAGUUUUAUGUAAUAAUAAUAAUGUUAGUAAUAAUAAUUUAUUAAUUACCUAGUAUAUGACAUUAUUAAAAUCAAAUUGCAAUAAAAUUGUUUUGGUUAAAUGGUUAUAUUUAUUAAUUAAAUAAAUUGAGUAACUACUGUCUAAAAAAAUUAAUUUUUAGAUUUAUAUUUUAUAGCAGUUAUUCAGAUAUUCAAUUCGUAGUUAAUAUAUAAAAUUAUUAUACUUUUUUUUUAUGCUAUACCCGAUAACUUUGUAUUCCAGUACAAAUGAUAAACCAUUAUAAAAUUGUAGAUUCCUCUUACAUAGUCAGAUAAUAUACUGAUAAAAAUCACAAUAAGUAAUUAUGUCUAUUUUUCUGGUUUUGGAAAUUUGUAUGAUAUAAAUAAUAUAAUUGUAUUAUUAUUUUUGAUAACCAAUUACUCAGUUAGUACUCAAAUUAUACAUAUUAGUAUUAAGAUUUUUUUCGGGUGAUCAUUUUAUAACAUUUACCCAUACAGUGUAAAUUUAAAAAUAAAAUGACAUUAUUCAUUACAUAAACCAUUAUUAUUGGUUAAUGGUUGGUUCAUGAUAUGGAUAUCCAUGUCAAGGAAAUAUUGAAUUUCACUAUAUAGAUUUAACAAUUAUUUAACAUAUUGCAUUUUCCUGUAACAGGAAUUUGGAAUUCCAGAAUCUGCAAUUGCUAGAGCUCCUGAAUUAUACACAUUGGGAAGUAAAACUGUAUAUGAAAGAUUAUGCAAAUUGAAAGAAACGCCAGAAUUGGCAUCAUUUUUAAAUCAUCCACAAGUUGCUAGGCUCCUUUAUUACUUUAAAAAAGUCAAUUUUCGUUUAAAUUAUUUAACAAACAAAAAUUGUUUGUCUUUAAAUUUAUUGGUUACAAAUGAUUCUAAAUUUAACAGGUUUUUAUUACUAUUAUCUUUAUUAUAUUAGGUUAAUGAACCAUGUAUUUGAUAAUUAAAACAUUUAAUCUGUAACAGAUUUAAUUGCAAUGGUACUGAUAAAGGGAGAACUAAUGAUACAAUGAUGUAUUUAACAAAAGAGUUUGGUGCCAAUAAAACAAAAUUGCGGUCGUAUUUAGAACGUCAUCCAUAUUGGCAGUAUAUUUCUUUGUUAACAAUAAGAACUACUUAUGAAUUUCUUAAAACUAAACAUUUUACCAAUGAUCAAAUAUGUCAUUGUAUACAUAUUUUAUUAUACCCAGUGUAAUAUAACUUUGAUUAAAUAUAAAUUAUAAUUUAUAAUUGACUUUGAAUAUAUGUAUUGGUUCAAUAGAUCUCGAGUUGAAGAUGCACUUAAGACCACAGAAAACAUGAUAAAUAUUUCUUAUCUGCGAAAUUCAUCUGGGUCAAUAAAAUCUGAAUAUAUAUUAUCACUGGCAUUGUACAAUUUGGAAAGAUACUAUCAUUUUUCAGGUAAUGGUGUUUGGAAUACCAGUGAACAAGAUAUGAAUAUUUCAAUUUCUGAUUCUUCAAAUGAUACAGAAGAAUUAGAUCAUAAGCCAUCUACCAAAUUACUACUUUAGAUUGAUUAGUUUAAUAGUGAUUUAAUUAUUAGUGUUAAAUUUGUGGUUUAUAUAAACUAUAGGAUGUAUAAAUUGAUAUUAUAAACUAACUGAAUUUAGUUUAAUUUUAAAUUAAGCUAAUAUUUUAUAAUAUAUAUUAUUCAUUUUUAUUGUUAUGCGAAAAUGUUUAUUAUUGGCCAAAGUAUUCAAUUACAAUUAUUAUUUAUUAUUAACAGGGAGUUUAUAAAUAUUAUUUUGUCAUAUUGUAGAUUUUUUUUAUGUAUUAAAUUUAAAACAUAGUUAACUCAUUAACAUAAGUGGUCUUUUAUGGCAUAAUAGAAUAAUCACUAUAUAGGAAAUUACUACUUUGCAUAGAAUGUCCAAAAAAAGUUUUAUUUAUUUUGCCACAUAAAAAUGUAGGCGUUAAUGGGUUAAUUUAAAUAUUUAAGAGGCUAUGUCAGUGACAUUUACUUCUUUCAUACAGGCAAUAUAACAUAAAUGUGUUCAUGUACAGGCCAUUAAAAUUGAUUUUAACAGUAAGAUACCUAUAAAAAAUGUUUAGAUAAUAACAUUUUAAAGUCUGUAACUCUUUAAAUAGUAGAUAUUUUUUUAAAAUCUUGAUGAGGUUGUCUUUAAAUGUUUAUAAUUGAUGCUUUACCUUUAAAACUAUUUUACAUUAACAUAGUUUUGCUUAUUAUCUAUACAAUUGGGAUGAUAAAUUAUUCUGU